GAUAUCAGACCGACUUGGAGCUACUGGUGCUGCUUCCAGGCAAAGGCUAGAGAGGAUAAAUGACCAUACCACUUAUGCAUAACUGGGUAAGUCUUACCAUUUUUAUUUUAUUCUAUUAUAACAAAUAGUAGGUAAACAGGCAUUGGAUACCAGUAAUGCCUUGGACGAUACAUAAUUUCAUUGCAUAUUUGAUUAAACAUAAUUGGUUGACAAUCACUAACUUGCAUAGUAAGAUUGUUCAAAGCUUGAAAUUACAAUAUAGAAUAUUUACAACUGGAAAUAGAUAAAAAGAAGAUUAAAAAAAGAGAGAAUUACACAGGAAAGAUCAUUUUAGUAUUAUGAUUUGCACGUGCAAGGUUUUAUCCUGCAUGUAUCCUGUAUUAUUUUGUUGUCCCUGAAUGUAAAAUUAAUGGGAAUUAUUUUAUCGUCAUGAAUAAACGCAUCUGUUCUUAGAUCCCAGUCAACCAUGAGGAUAAUCUCCUGUCAGCUGAUCCUUGUGGCGGUAGUCGUGGUGACACUCACUCUGGUGUCCUGCGCUGAGGCGAAGACUACACCCAAACCAAAGUACCUGUACACCAAGAAGCCAGCCCCACACAUCACUGUGCACAGCCCCGUGACCACCAUCAUGCCCAAGACCCUCAAGACAGUGCCAGUCCCAAAACCUGUGGAGCCCCAACCCCCACCUGCAACAGAAAAGACCAACUAUGCCAGUCAUCUGUAUCAACAAUAUUAUGAGGGGACUGAGACCCCUGGUGUUGGCCAAGACAACUACACUCUGGAUUACAAUGAAUGCUACUUUAACUUUUGUGAGUGCUGUCCACCUGAGAGAGGCCCCAGAGGGCCGAAGGGAGACCGAGGAUUGACAGGUAUAAGGCUCACUGAUCUAGUGCAGUAGAUAAAAAUGUAUAUAUUUAAAAUAAUUUUAUUUGUUUUCAUGUGUGUUUUUGUUUGUUGAAAUAUCUUCAUGUUUGCUUAUACAGGGCCAUCGGGUGAAAAGGGGAUCACAGGUUUGGCUGGUUUGCCAGGACCACAGGGGGAGAGUGGUCCUGUGGGGCCAAAGGGAGACAGAGGUGGGGGUAAAACUUGAAUAUGGUAUUUGAAAAAGAUAACCUCUUACUGUCUUGUCUAAUUCCUUAAAAAAGCAUGUGGAGGUGCUUGAAAGGGUAAGAACAGGACAGCCUAUUAUUUUAAAAAUGGUUAUUUUGCAGUUUUGGGGCAAUGCUUUGAAAAAGGAAGAAGAUAUGCCCAAUUACUGCUUGGUUUUUAAUGGUGUUAUUUAUUACAGCUCAAAUAUAUACAAUUUUACAGGUGACAAAGGUGACAGAGGAAAUAGUGGGACAGCCGGACCACCAGGAAUACCUGGAAAACCAGGACAAAAAGGUGAAAGUUUCUCAGGCUCUUUUAUUUUUUAAAUUUGACAGCUGCCCUUUUUUAGUCUGAGUGUUUAAGAAAAAAAAAACUCAAAAGCCAAACCAUGAUGUGCAGAUCAGUUAUGGUUAGCUUCAUGGCUUCUUAUGUAUCAUCAGAUACACAAAAUAGCUAUCACAUACUAACACCUCCUCAUAAAUACAAAAGACCCAACCUGUCCUCUGGGUCACCAAAAAAAGGGAAAAAUCUAACCUCGUAUUGGAUCCCUGCCGACUGGUUACUAUUUCCCACAGACCACAAUUCCUCAAUGUCAAACAGAGUUUACCAAGAGCUCACAAAAACUGGUUAUGUUGGAACUUUAACGGUGAUCCGCAUUUCAAAGUCAUGUAGCCUGUGAAUAAUUGAAACUGUUCAAGUACAGACAAAGAUAUUUGAUUUCAAAUAAACAUCUUCACUGACACAGUUUCCUUAACUUACAGGUGAUGUUGGCUCAAAAGGUGAGAAAGGAGAAAAAGGCUUGCAAGGACUCAAAGGUCUUGGUGGGGAGAAAGGAGAACCGGGCCUAAAUGGGACUGCUGGUGAGAAAGGAGAGCCAGGGAAAGAGGGUCCAGCUGGACCCCCAGGACCAACUGUUGGGCAAAGUCUCAAGGGCGACAAAGGAGAUAAGGGGGAGUGUGGUCUGUUCGGAGAGAGAGGACUGAAAGGUGAGCGGGGUGACCCUGGGCCUCCUGGCGUCCUAGGAGCUAUGGGCAUCCCAGGAAUGAAUGGCAAACAUGGUUCCCCGGGUCCUGUAGGGGUCCGAGGCGACCCAGGACUUCCUGGCCCACAAGGAGAACAAGGCAUCAGGGGCCCACAGGGACCAAUGGGAGUGAGAGGAAUGCCUGGGCCAAAAGGGGACAGAGGUUAUCCUGGGAUGCGAGGCGAUCGAGGCAUUCGUGGAAUCAAGGGAGCAAAGGGAUCAUGGAUCCCCCAGAAGCGCUCCGCCUUCAGCGUAGGUAUCUCCCCAAGAAAAUCCUUCCCACCUUCUGGUUUCCCAAUACGCUUUGACAAAGUCUUCUACAAUGACGAGAACCACUUCAACGUCACUUCCAACAGCUUCACAUGCGUUCAUCCUGGAGUUUACGUCUUCUCCUUCCACGUCACUGUACGGAACCAGCCACUGCGAGCCACGCUGGUGGUGAACGGAUCACGACGGGUAAGGACACGUGACUCUCUGUACGGCCAAGACAUUGACCAGGCAUCCACUCUGGUGGUGCUACGGCUGGGGCUGGGCGAUCAGGUGUGGAUGGAGACCCUCAGAGACUGGAAUGGGGCUUAUGCCAGCAGUGAGGAUGACAGCAUCUUCUCUGGGUUCCUGCUUUACUCAGACAAGCCCUAA